AUGUCUACGCCGCUUGUGCCGUCGCCGCCGCCGCCGCCGCUGGUGGCAGCUUCGCCCCCGACGUCACCGCCGUCGCCGCCUCUGGUUGAUUUUCCGUCCCCGACCUCACCUCCGCCGCCGUUUCUGCCGCUCGGUCCGCCGUCUCCCACGGUCCUGCUGUUUCCGCCACCCAAUCCCCAGAACGGCACUCCGCCGACGGCGUCCGGCGGGCCCUCCCCGAGAUCGGGCGGCAGCGCGGCAUUGUUGGCGCUUGGGGUGGGGAUAGGGAUAGGCGGGGCGAUUGUGCUGGUUUGCGUGGGCAUCUUCGUCAUCUGUUACAGAAGGAGGAAGAGGAAGCGCCUCGAAAUGGACGGAUUUGCUGAUGCUCCCCGGCGGCCGCGGGGUCCCAAAGACGAUCCUCGCUGGGGCGCACACAACCCCGAACAGCCUAACUCUUCAUCAACCAGUGAUCAUCAUGGAUUGCCAAAGGCCGCUUCCCAAUCGGGCCUUUCAUCCAGUUCUCACCCUGAAACUGGAGUGGCUUGUACAAAAACAACCUUUACAUACGAAGAACUUGCACUCGCGACUGAUAAUUUCUCAGGCACCAACCUGCUUGGCCAAGGUGGCUUUGGAUAUGUUCAUAAGGGAGUUCUUUCUGAUGGAAAAGUGGUCGCGAUUAAGCAAUUGAAGGUCGGAAGUGGUCAAGGAGAACGCGAAUUUCAGGCAGAAGUUGAGACCAUAAGUCGUGUUAAUCACAAGCAUUUAGUAUCUCUGGUUGGUCACUGCAUUUCAGGGACUCAGAGAUUAUUAGUAUAUGAAUAUGUUUCCAAUCGAACCUUGGAGUUUCACUUACAUGGUAAGGGGAGACCUCCUGUAAACUGGGCUACUAGGAUGAAAAUUGCCAUGGGCUCCGCGAAAGGAUUGUCAUAUUUGCACGAGGACUGUCAACCUAAGAUAAUACAUCGCGAUAUCAAGUCUUCUAAUAUUCUUCUUGAUGAUAAUUUUGAGGCAAAGGUUGCUGAUUUUGGGCUUGCUAGGCUCUAUUCAGAAACUGAUACUCAUGUAUCCACUCGGGUAAUGGGAACUUUUGGUUAUUUAGCUCCGGAGUAUGCUCUCACUGGAAAGCUGACCGAUAAGUCAGAUGUCUUCUCAUUCGGUGUUGUUCUGUUGGAGUUAAUCACUGGAAGAAAACCUAUUGACAAAUCACAGAACUAUCUAGAUGAUAAUAUCAUUGAUUGGGCAAGGCCAUUGCUAACACAGACUCUUGAAAAUAACAACUUCGAUAGUGUGGCUGAUCCAAAGUUGCAGAAUGAUUAUAUCUCCGAAGAAAUGGCUCGGAUGGUUGCUUGUGCUUCUGUCUGUGUGCGCCAUUUGGCUCGUCGUAGACCACGAAUGAGUCAGAUAAUCCUUGCCCUCGAAGGAAAAUUACCUCUGGAAGAACUAAAAGAGGGCAUCCAGCCUGGACACAGUGGAGUAUACGACUCGUACGGGAGCUCGGAUUACGAUGCCUCUUACGACACAAUGCACUACAAAGAGGAUUUGAUGAAAUUCAGGAAGAUGGCCUUAGAAAACCUCGAUAACAACACGAGUGAGUACAGUGGCCUCACGAGCGAUUUUGGCCGCCACCCGUCUGGCUCGAGUAGCGAGGGGUUGCCGAACUUGCUUAAGAGAGGAAGCAGUGAAUGA